UUGAAUUUUUGGCAAGACUCCACGCCUUGUCGCUUGGUUGAUGGAUAAUGGAAGAAGCAAGUCUCCCUCCACGACCGGGUGGGAAGUUGAAACAAGCAAGGGGCAUUGGGAAGCACUGAGUGGGCGUGCUACUUCGUUGUUGCGCACUGCCUCGGGAUCAGAAACUGCUUGGCAUGCUGAGGUGGCUUACAGUGAUGUGCACGUUGCUACCCGACGGUUGGAACUUUUCCGUUUAAACAGGGCCAAUCGAAUACAUUUGGCAUCGGGCAGGCGUGAACGCUUGCGCUCCAGGCCAUGCUGUUGGAUGGUGGGGAGUUCCACUGGAGGUUGGAUCAAUUGUCCGAAAACGUUGCAACAAAAAUUGGACAGUCACGUCGCAGAGGGCAAGUGGAAAGAGCUGGAUGCGAAUGGGGGCGGUCUGGAGCUAGGGUCUUGCCAGUCGGUAAAAGGUUGGAGAGAGGAGGGUGGCUGGGGAGAACUCAGACUGAACAUCGGCAGCUCUGGAGUGCUUGAUGGCUGGGCAGAUGAAGGUGGUGGCACCUACCGAUUGACCGUUGUCAUUGAUGCUUUGGACUGGUCAAAAAUGUCAGAUGAACCCCGUCACAACUCUGGCGCUUCCUUCACUGGGCACCGCAUCUUGCGACCAAAGGACAAGAAACUGAGAGACAAAGCUGACAAGGCCGCCGGGGUCCUCGGCCGCUUGGCUGCGAUGACAGGAGCGCCUGGUGCUGCGGAACAUGUGGCGGUGCAGGGAUGGGCUUCAGCUGAAGGGAUUUGGCUUCAAGACCAGCUGGGCGGAUUCCAGCUGUGGGGUGAUAUGCAGCCAGAUGGUGGCUUCAUGGGCACUUUGGACGCUGCUGGGUCCAGUGGUUCAUUUCAUCUCCGGCCAUUCGCCAAUGCCCUGCCCGGUGAUUUCCCCACAGAUCCAACCUGGUUGUCAGGCCAAUGGGCCCGUCUUCACAGCGACUGGAACAGCAUGAAUAUUCUUCGUGUUCGUCGCACACCUGAACUCCAGGAAGAGACACACAAUGUGGCUUUUGUCUUCCAGUUCCAAGACAUGGAUGUAUACGAACGUGCAGAACUUCGCUUCCGCGUCUUGCUUUUUGCUGCAGACUACAAGGAAACUGAGCAGGAAUUUUGGCGCUUGGCUCCCGGGGAGGUGCGCCGCUUCGGGGGGGAAGACUGUGAAGGAUUUGUGGUGCACAGAUAUGAUGGUCUUCAGACUCUGGUAUUGGAUGCUCCAUUCUCGUCUUCGCCAACAGCCACCAUAUCAGUGACGGAAGUGGAUGUGGACGAGAAGGGAGAAACUCCGGCAGAAUCGACAUCCAAAACCAAUGAACUUCAUGGCCCUUUUCUACUGCCACUCCGAUUUAGAACUCCAAGCAUAUUUCCGCAAGCGCUCAUAGGCCCAUGGCUACGAGGAGGGCUCCUCAUUGAAAUUGACAGCAACUUUCUAUGUCGAGAGGCUGAUGAAGAGAUGCAGCUACAGGUUUUUCCGGAAGUGAUUUACCCGCGGUGGGGUGGAUGGAUUCUGAACGUCUCGAGAAGCAAUGCUUUGGUGUUGGAGUGGGGCUUGAGCAUGAACCCAGAAUACGAAUCCCCGAGAAGGAUGAUCCGCUGGAUGCGGCCUUGGCUUUUCAAAGGAAUGAUUGAAGUUUUAAGUGCUGGAAGUGAAGAGGUCAAUGGGGUCUACACACCUGACUUCACGGGGACAGUGAUCAAGUACACCAAGAAAGAUGGCAAAGUUGAGCUGCUGAACGUCAAUGGCAAAUGGGAGUUUGCCAAAUGCACCGAUCUCAACACGCAUCAGAUCUAUUAUUCCUUCGAAUCUCCCAUGCCGGCCGUGGGGCAGUGGGAUGCAUCAAGUGUGGUGCCACCUGCUACAGGUCUAGGCACUUUGCCAGCGCCAUUGGUCCGUUUGUGGCUGGGCGAGUCACGGCUGGCCGAAGAAGCGCAGCAGGCGAUCCCUUUCAACGAUGAACUUCGGGUUGACCGUUUGCGUUUCAAUGUGCUGCCACGAUUUGUCAGCCAAGAUGCAAGUUCCUGCACUUUUGUCGUCUCUCAAGGUAUCAUUGAGCAGUUUUCUGGAGACGCCAUUCUGGUUGUAGGCGACGUGUCGGACUCAGACAUGUCGGCUUCAAACUUUUCGAACAACUUGGAACCCAUGAAGCCGAUGAAACUUGUGGGUGGAUAUUAUCUGAAGAUGCUGCCGGGUCUUCGAGCAACCUGGUCUGUGCUUGUGACACCUGACGGGGGAGAAUUAAAUCAACCCGAGGUCUCCGUGGCGCCUGACUUGCAAGAGGCCAUUCGGCAGGCUUGUGAACUGGUGAUUUCUGAAGGAGCUGUAAGCAUUGGCGUCAGUCACCACCCUGCAGUUGAGUCAAGCGGCUCCAAGUCUUUGGAGGCGAUCAUUUCGGCAGUGGUGAAUGCCUUCUUAGGCCUCGAGUCCGAGAAAAGUGAGAAAGAACAGCUGGUAAACAAGCCUCAAGCGGGUCAAUCCAGCAAAGCAAGCAAAGUGCACACAGGACGUGGAGACGGACAGAAACCGCGACUGGAAGUAUACUUUCCUGUGGAUGUGGCCGAAAUUGUGAGGGCUCGAAAGGCUGUGGAGAAGUCGCUGGCAAAGCAGAGUGAUGCAAGCUUCUUGAACGCUAUGAAAGCCGGAGCAGGAUCCCGGCCAGCGUGGCUGAACGAUUCUCUCCGGAUGCUACGGAAGAGUGCAGGAAGUGCAACUGCAAAGUGGAGGAAGCAACUGCGAGAAGAUCCAGCCAUGCGAGGAGUGCUGGUGGCGCAGUUUUCCAAACUUGCCGAGGUUGUUGCAGAGGUCUUAAAUCGUGAGUGGGUGCUUGAUGAAGGCCCUUACGCUGCGGAUCCAGGUUCGCCUCUAAGCUGGUUCAAAGUCAAUAUGUACCACAUUUGCCAGCAUUUCAUCAUUCCCUUGACAAGCGAACAUGCUUGCUCUUAUGUGGAGCUUGUGGCUUCGGACUUGCAACCUCCAGAAUGGAUGGUGUCUCAUGCAUGGAGCACCCACUUUGCAGCCACUGCAGAGAUGCUGAAGCAGCAUGCGCUUUCUCGGAAACCACAGGAGUCAAUGGAGAUGUCCUAUUGGUGUUGCACGUUGGCCAACAAUCAGCACGACCUCUCUUCUCUACAAGAAGUUGAUUUGCUCAAAACGCCCUUUGCCCGUGUUUUGGUUAGCGUUGGCUGCUUUGGAACUGUGAUCCUUUGCGAUUCAGAAGUGACGCCACUUCGACGGGUCUGGUGCGUUUUUGAAGCUCAUCUAACACAAAGGCUUCGCUCAAGGGAGGAUGACCUGAGCUCAAAGAGCACUCACUUUUUGGAUUUGGUUGCCUUUGAUGAGAGUGCAGGCUCCCCAAAGCCAUACGCCCCGGAAUCUGUGGCAAUCUUGCAAGAUGGCGUGAAGGGCUGGAAUGAGGUGGCCGCUGGGCAGGCACACUUUCCACUGGAAGUGGCCCGUGUCGGAACUUCUGUGGAUAUCAGGCUUGCAGAGGCGUCUUUGCAAAGUGACCGGCAUGCCAUCAUGAACUUCAUUGCCUAUGGGGCAAUGACUUUGAAGACUUCUUCCAAUCCACCACCUGUGAAACACGUGGCCUAUGACAAGCUGAACGAAUUUGUUCACAGUGCUUUUGCCUCUGCAGAGCUUUACCGAUUGGCCUGUGAACGGCCUGAAGGAUGUGUGGAGAGAGCUAAAGAACUCCUCUCGCUGGGAGCCGAUCCCAACAGUUUCGUUCGGGAAGGUAACACUGCCAUUCUGGCGCUUGUUGGAGCUGACCCCACACAGCCCGCCCCAGCAGAUUUGGAAGUAUUUCAAGAGAUGUCCUCCCUGUUGAUUGCGAACGGGGCCCGCAUCAACCACGUGAACUCCCACAUGCGCACUGCCCUGGAUCACAUCGAGUCAAGUUCAGCUGAGGUAGCCGCAGAGCUGGCGAAGCAUCUCAAAGCACAAGGUGCCCGCUCGUUCGAGGAUUCCGCAGCUGAAGCCGAAAGGUUGUGGAACGAAUAUGUCCAAGAAGUGCUCUUCCGUGGUGGCUUUGGUGCACCAACUGACGAGGCAAAAGGCGAAGAUGGCAAAGCCAAGCCACCAACCCAAGCCUUUGGUGGUUCUGGGGGUGGUGGAACUGGAGCCAAACUCCUGGGUAAAGCGGAGCAAAGUCUCCGUGAAGCAGUGUCUUUUUUAAAGCUCUACCCGGACGCACUCUGUUGGAUCGAGACACCAUCUGGUCCCCACGACAAACACGAUCUCCGGGGCAAAUCGGUCAUGAGCUGCCUGAAAGCAGCAGGGGCACCAAAUCCUUUUGAAUUGAGAUGCUCAGGCAGGUAUCAUCCUCGUGGUUCGUUGCCUUUGCUUCAACUCAAGAUUGCUCUCAGGAGAGCUUCCACAGAUGGGGACCUUUGCACAACUGGUGCCGGGCCCUCUUCAUCCCGAGCUUCUGCUGUGUCACCCGCCAUUUCCAGCAUGACGGCCGCUUUAACACAGAGCAUGCCGUUGAGAAAGAAGUGACUCAUUGAGUCAGGGAGCGAUUCUGACGUGUGACGGAGAAA